AUGAUAUUUUUAACAAAUUUUUUUAAAUUAUUCUUAUUUUUUAAUUUUAUAUUAUUAUUAAAAGGCUAUUUAUUUAUUGACGAAACAAAAAAUCUUUAUAAUAAUUAUAAUACAUUAGAAAGAAACAAGAGAAAAAUAAAACGCAGUGAUUCUGAAGAUAAAGAAAAAGAACUUAUUGCAUUUUUAUUAAAGGGUAGUGGUUAUGAAAAUCAUUUGUCUUUAUUACCUUGGGAUUGGAUUGAUAGUUUUUAA